CAGGGACAAGAAGAGAGAGGGACCGUGAGAGAGAGAGAGAGAGAGAGAGAGAGAGAGAGCUAGAGAAAGAGGGAGCAUCGGUGCUAGAGGUACCGGAGUAUGAGCGAGAACGCAGACACUCUUCAGAUAACAGAAACCGACUCAGCGAGAAUGGGAAUGGACGAGGGUAGAUUCACGCUCAUCGGCCUGUUGGUCGUGGCGGCGGUGGCGAUAGUUGCUAUUGUGUUGGCGUCAGUUGGUUUAUCCCGUAACCCUACCACCAACAUUAACGUCGGAGGAACCUCUGGCCAAGGUCAAGCUGGCAUGUCAAGCGCGCUGACAGGCAGCUCAGGACUUAAGAAGACCUGGCUGUUCGCCAUCGGUCACGACUAUUCACCAUUCGAAUACGUCAACGACCAGGGCUACACGGAUGGUUUCAACAUAGACCUCAUUAGCGCAGUCUGUGCGGAAGCUGGGAUGCAAUGUCACACAGUCUACUUGGAGUAUCCGACAUGCUGGAAUUCCAUUCCUGGAAAACACCCCGUUCCCGGGGAAGCGUUGAUGGGGAACUGGGUGGACGCGUGCACGGGAUGGUACGUGGUACAGGAGCGACUCAACAGCGUAGCCUACUCGACAUCAUUCAUGAAGAAUAUUAAGGCAAACUUCAUCGUCAAGAAGAACGACAACAGCUUCAACCCGAACGACCUUCGCGGUAAAACCAUCGGUUUUCAGGACGGCUGGGUUAACGAUGAAAAGUGUUUGCUACGACAGAAUAACAUCGCGAACAAUGAUCUGGCGGUGGCCCAAAUAAAACAUUACACGCACUCAGAGGAGGCUUACAAAGCCCUCGACAACAACGAGAUUGCGGCAUUCUUCCAUUCCCUUGACGCCUUGGUGGACCUGACCAAGUACAAAUGGAUUGGAGCGCAGUACUCCUGCAUGCUCAAGGGAAUGUCGAUGAUGAUAAAGAAGGGCAGCAAGCUGGCACAGUGGUGGGAUCCGGCGUUCAACAACGUGAAGGAGAAGGGUGUCUAUCGUAAGAUAUGCAAGGAGGCGGAAACAAAACACGCCCGGGACGAGGUGAGAAUUGACUUCGACUGUCUGGAUUAAAGCCGCCACUCGCAGUGCCAUCUGGCGGCACACGAACUACUACAAAAUUAAUAGCAUAUACAAAAUUUUAAUUAGAUUUGUCAAUUGGUAAUUACAUAAUUUUUGGUGGUUAUGCCAACGAGGUGCGUGGAUAAAUAAGCCAUAUUAGAUACACGAUAGCGAUAACAGCAGCAAACUACGAUAGGUAAUAAAUAGUUUCAGUAUCGAUAUAAUAUAGGGUGUAGUGCCAAUGUUGCAAUGCAUGUUAAAUAGAAACUAUAGAGUAGGCCUAUGUAGACGAGAGUAUGGUUCUUGACGCGCGAAGACCAAAAUGCACUAUACGGACAUUUUAAUUGUUGACAGAACGUUAUCAAAUGUAUUAUGAUUUAAUAGUGUUUAUGUUUGUGCCGUUUGUAGUUACGAAGAUAAUCGGAAGAUUGUAAUAUUUUGCAAACGAUCUCUUGAAUACAACUAUUUGUGGACGAAACAA